ACCAAAAGGGCUUCCCUUUUAUCACUAAAGCCUUUUUUUUUUCACUUGAGGUAAAAAAAAACGCUUGAAAUACAAAAAACCUUGGAUUCUUCUGCAGAUCUUUUUUUUUUUUUUUACACUAAAAAAGGAAAACAAAAUAUAUAUUCACAAAAAAGUUUAUAUGUUAAAAUCUUCGGCUUUUGCGACUCUUGGUCUUCUCCGGACAUGGCACAUUCUCUAACCUCACUCGCUAUCUUCCAGAGCCUCAUCCGUAAAGAGGCGGUGAGGAGUUUGCAUGUAUAUGGAUCGGUGGAGAUUGAGAGAGAGUUCUUGUUCGAGAGCGAAAGCCCUUAUGUGGAGAAGGAAGCGAAGCCUCUGUUUCUUUUGGAAGGUUCCCGGCGACCGGAGAUCUCGGAAGGGUCGGUUUAUGGCACGUGGCGUUGUAUCUUCUUGUUCCGGUUUAACCACCCGCUCCCUCGGUUUCCUACUCUCCUCUGCCCUUCACGAAACCCUAAGCUGGAGGACAUCCCUAAGUUAGCCAAUGAGCUCAAGUUUAUCUCUGAAUCAAAACCGAAGACACCAUCAAAGGUUUCUGACCAGGAACAAUGCAGCAGUGUCGGAUAUUGUAAAUCUGAUCAGCCUAAACCGCUAAAGAUUGAAUCCGAAGAAGAUAGCGUUCGAGACUGUGAGGUUGAUCAGCCUAAACCGCGAAGGAUCGUCCUCAAACAAGAUCUUAACUGCCUUCCUGAUUCAGAAACCGAAUCCGAGGAAUCUGAAAACGAAAAAACUGAACAUUCGGAAUCAGAUGAAAAUGUCAAGAUGUUGAUGGGGAAGAGGGCACCGGCAAAGAUUGUUGCUGGACUUUCCUUGAAAGAUCUUUCAAAAUACUUUGGUCUUACUAUCGUGGAAGCUUCUCGUAGCCUUAAUGUAGGUCUCACGGUUUUGAAAAAGAAAUGCAGAGAGUUUGGGAUUCCCCGGUGGCCUCAUAGGAAGAUCAAAUCUCUCGACUGUCUCAUCCACGACCUUCAGAGAGAAGCAGAGAGGGAGCAGGAAAAUAGCGAAGCAGCUGCGAUGGCGGUAGCUAAGAAACAGAAGAAACUGGAGACAGAGAAGAGAAAUAUAGUGGAGAGACCAUUCAUGGAGAUACAAAAAGAAACCAAAAGAUUCAGACAAAUCAACUUCAAAAAAAGACACAGAGCUUCCAGAGCCAAGAAGAAUCAAGAAUCUCUUCUCUCUAAUUCCUCUUCCACUUAAAAAAGAUUUUUAGGCCUUUUAUUAACAGAAUCAUCGAACAUAUUAGUUAGUUAGGAUAUCUGUGAUGAAGUGCUUUGGUAUUUAGGUGUAACAGAUGCUAAGCCAUGUUUGCUUGCAUAAUUUUGGGUGUUAAGGAGUUCCGAUAACAUGAGGGAGCUCCUUAUCAUGACUUUUUUUUGUGGUUCGAAAUCGGAGUUGAACUCUUCUUCUUCU